AUGUGACCGCGUUGCGUGCGCAAAACGACGUGCGUGACGUAGCGUGGAGGCUUCGUAACAGUUUCCUCAACCAAACACUCAACUGAUAUUGUGUGAUAAAAACUGGAAGUCCGCCGGUGAAAGAAGGAGCUGUUUGUUGAGAAAUACACUCACCAACCCGGCGACCCUCGUCUUCUGAAACAACCGGAGACUCUACUGCACUGAAAGUUGGUUCAGUGGCGAAGAAGGCGGCUACAUUCUGCCUGUAAACCCUCCGAAAAGGGCUGGUUUUUAUUUUGCUUUGACUGUAGAAAGGCGGGGGAUACGAAGCGACCUACGGUGAAAAUCCGUAACAUUUUCGACUAACUGAAGAAAACAGAAAACAAAAAACGGAAUUACUACAGAGCCAGUUUGUGCUGCGGUGACUGGUCAGCGAUAGUACAUGGAUUAUCUGUCCAACCCACUGCCAUUAUCUUUCCCUGACAAGUUACUAUUUGACAUGCAUAGCCACAACUGCAACCUGUGUUUUCGGGCACUGUGCUGUAAAGGACCCCCACCGCCGAGACCAGAGUAUGAUGUGGUGUGCAUUGGCCUGACAGGUGCUGGAAAGACCAGCUUGCUCUCACGCCUCUGUAGUGAGAGCACCGAUGGCAUAGUUCCUACAACAGGUUUCAGCAUCAAAGCAGUACCGUUUCCAAAUGCCAUCUUGAAUGUAAAAGAACUUGGAGGAGCUGACAACAUCAAGAAGUAUUGGAGUCGUUACUACCAAGGAUCACAGGGUGUAGUCUUCGUACUGGAUAGCGCAUCAUCAGAUGAGGACCUGGAGGCGGCACGUAAUGAGCUCCACUCGGCUCUGCAGCACCCACAGCUCUGCACACUACCUUUCCUCAUCCUUGCAAAUCAUCAGGACAAGCCUGCUGCAAGAACGCCAAACCAGCUUUCUCCUGCGGGAACUGUUCGAUGCUGUUUGCUGGAGCUGAAGUGGGUGGUGUCAGCGAUGCAACCCUGCCACCCUGCUCCAGUGUCCUCGUAUGUCCCUGUCUGGUUUACCCACCCUGCCACUUCCCUCCUGCAGAGUCCUUUCUGAUGGCCAGCUUCUCUGAACCCAAACAACAGCUCCAUUUGUUCUGCCAGGGCUGGGAAUGCACUCAGCCAUCUUUAGUUAUGUUUCUGCCAGCCACAGUGAAUGCCAAACCUGUGGACCUUACUUCUGUGCCAGCUCUUCUUUUUCUCCUUCUUUUCUUUCACUGUGUCUGAGUACAUGACACCGGCAGGGUUUAAGUCACUGUUAAAAGGUCCUGAAAAGGUACUGUCCACGUGGCUGUUGUACUGUAUUAGCCUAAGUCGAAAUUGAAAGACUAGACAGAUGCAAAUUGUAGAUUAGUUUUUAAUCAAUUAAACAAAUGUCAAUCUAAAACUCUUAGCUACAAGAUUAAAACAGACUGCCUGAUGUUGUUUAGGUCAGUCUCAUGUCACUAAAACAGUCCUGACCUGUCGGGGCAUGGACACAGAUUGCUCUGAAGGUGUCCCGUAGUGUCUGGCACCAAGAUGUUGGCACUGGAUCCCUUGGGUCCAAUGGGUUAUGCCAUAUCCUGUGGAUGCCCAAGGAGUUGGGUGGCCAAAUUGCGCUUUAAGCUCUUUUUCAUGUUUCUUGAGCUGUUCCCAAGCACACUGUGGACACUUUAAAAUUAUGUGGCAUGGCGCAUUAUCACGCUGGAUGAGACUGCUGCCAAAACUGUUUGGGUGGGUGGUACGUGUCAAAGUAGAAUCUGUAUAUUUGUAAAAUACUCCUGCGCUACUUUCCUCUUGAGGCACGCAUGAUGAGAAUACAACCACUUCCAGACACUAAGGGAAAAUACAUGACAUUUUUCUUUUUGCCUCGUCAAUCUUUAGUGGGUUGUCCUAUAUCGCUACUUUUGUAAUAUGCAGUUUUAUUCAUUCCAUUCUACAAGUUAUUGUAGACAAGACAUUUGUUUUAUUAUUUUAAUUUCUUUUAGUGUGUCACACCUUACUUGGCAUAGCCAAAAAACAUGACUAUAUUUUCAGCUAUUUGCAUUUAAAAAGCCACCGCUCAUUGGGGACAAAUAGACCGUGGACAAGAUCUGAACGCCUCAUUGCCCAACACUCCUCAGUCACUGUUGUGUGAGAGAUGGAUGAGUGAGUGUAUGUAAACACUGCAUUGGGUCCCAGGUCUUCUCAUAGUGCAGAGCCAGUGUGGAACUCUUCAGUUUGCUCUUGAAGGACUUAAGAAAACACAAGUCGCUGAUAGCAAUCACUCAGUCACAGAAAUCCAGUUGUAACCAUCACUUCAAACAGUCCCUGUGGCUGAAUUGUUGACUCAAAAGAAACAGUGGGCAGAAGUCAUGGAGCAAGAACAAAUAAGCAACUGAAAUGGUUUCUAUCCUGUUUAAUUCAAACUAAGUCUGUUUACUUCCCAUUUCUGAUGCAACUGGUUGAGUUGCAUUGACCUAUUUGGUCUUUAUGAACAACAAAGUAAGGCUUUCCAGAAUUACUACUGGUGUCCCUGUCAGCCUGACUAAGAGGACAACAGAGAAAGUUGGCAAAAGGAAAUGGGCAGGGAGAACUUCCUCAGCCAAGCAGAGAGAAUGAAGAAAGGCAGUAGUCUGCUCUGUCUGGUACAUUACCCGUGAAUGAGGCCAGAACACAUCGGUAAACUCAAAGAGGAUGCAGUCCUAGAAUAAGGAGAACUCAAAGAGAAAAUAAUUCUGGCCACUGAUUCUGUAAAUCUUAAAUUCAAAUGCAGUUUACUUUAGUUAUUGUAUGUGAAAAUUGAGCAUAUGGUACAUAUAACAGUCGUAUCUCUAUAUUUGAUAUGUUGUCCUUCAGUAAAAGGUGAAUUGACAAUGUUGACAUUUUGUUUUGUUUUUAUUUACAUCUUAUAGUAUGUCCCAACACUUGUGAAAACAGGGCUGUAUGCUCCCCUUUUCUUUUUCUUCCUCUGAUUCUAGUGUCAGAGCAAGGUCAAGCAUCACCUGCUUUCUUGUCAGUUCUUAUCUAUGUUAGUGGGAACCCACCUUGUAAACAACUGGCCAUCUGAUCCACAUGGCCCAUCUCUCUCCACUUUUAGAAGCAAGUGGCCCCUUAAUGGGGAUGUCCUGGCUGGCAUGGAUAUGUCCAGACUUGUUGUACACGUCCCCCCUUCUGUCCCUCCCUGUGAAUCACAGAGAUGUCUUAGAAGGGAUAUGCUCAUCUUUCAAGUGAUUUAGGCAGUGUUAUUUUCUGGGUCUUAUUCUUAACAACAGUUACCAUGUAGGACAUCUGAUUAUAGCUACAUCCUAGGUGUUCACGGCUUAUUUUGUGGUCAUGAUAUCAUGAACACAAGAGAUAUGCAUGACCUCAGUGGAGCAUGUUUAUGUGCCUGGCUUAAUCCGGGGCACCAGUGGGGAGACUAGGUCUGCAUUCCACAGUAUAACAGUAUGAUAAACAUGUAUAACAUGUUUAUCAUUACAGUUAGAAAAAACAAAUGUCCCAAACUUCCAUGGACCAGGAAAAAAACACAGAUAACAGCAGACAACAGUAGUAAUGAUCAAACACAAGUACAGUAAGAAAUAAAUGUUGUGGUAAAUGGCCUAUAAUCACAGAGUUAAAACUUAAUCUAUUAGAUGCUUUGAUCUUUUCCGCUCGUAAUCUCUAAGGACAUGCAAUACCACAAUUCAGCGGAAUGAUUAAACCUUGUUCCCUCUUAGUCUAAAUAGCUUUUUUUUUUUUGUCCAGCACGGUAAUAAUUUUCUGCAUUAGUCAACCUGUAAUAAAGUGGUAUUAAAGUCCAGAGCAGUGCUUCGUAUUGUACUCUUUGCUUUUUAUGUUUGCAUGCAGUUUUAACGGGGGGGAAUUUGCAGGUGGUGAUGAACUUUUGGCAUUUAGAUGAGCAGUUUUGGACUGCUGCAGUGUAUUUGAUCUGCCUUAAGAAGAUGGACCCAGACAUUUUAAGGUAUUUUGUUCGGCAGUGCAAUACGACUGCAGCACAGACACUCACUGCAGACAGUAUUGUGUGGGACUUGGCAGACACCCCCUGAAGCGUCUUUUGAAAAAGGUUACCUUGUUUGCCCCUUGAGCUAUUUUCGCUCUGCCUCUCUGUCUGGACUUGCCAGUCUGUGAAAAUACUCCUCACUAACCUUACCUCCUCCUCUCUCCCUCCCAUCCCAUCCCAUGUCUGUCAUGACAUCACAAACAUCAGGUAUCCAAAGCAGAGAGCAGUAAAUGGGCGUUAGUUUAAUAAGCAUUAUUAACACACCUGCUUUGCAGUGCAUUCCUGAUUACAUGGUCUAAUGGGACUGGCACUCCAAGUAGGAUUAGUCAAGCCUCGGGGUCUACACCUGAACCUCAGUGAAACUCUGAAAUGCAAACAUCUUCUAACUCAAAUACAAAGAACUGUGAAAAAGUAGCCCAGUUGUGACCGUUUUACUUUUCUGCUUGUUUACCCCUACACACCAAAUCCUGUGAUCCACCUUGUUUAUCUGAUUGUUCUUUUUAAAUUCAAAGACUGCAAUAACUCAAAAGAAUAAUUAACUAAUAAACCAAGAUUUUGUCUGUAUUUAGAUGGUGGUCUGUAAUACACAAGUUGAUUAAUGUAGUUCCAGGUGAUUAAAGUUCUCCAUCUUUUUUAAUGGCUAUCCAUCAGGUGGAUUCCCAUCUGUGAACCAUUGUAAACCAGAACAAAUAAAACAGCAACAGUAACAGUUGUUUCAGUCUGAAUUGCCAUGACAGGCACAUUUGUGUGAAGGUGCAAAUCUGGCUUAAAUCAACACAGAUUCGUAUAUAUUGAUCAUUUUCAUGUUUCAGUCAGAACGAAUAAGUUAGUUUUGGGACUAAUAUGGUUUCUCCAUCCAAAGCAAGUUUUAUUUCCCCACAUUUGUGUCUUGGCUGUGCAGAGGGACAGGCUAUGAGGACACAGCCAGCGCAGAGAUUAUGGAGUCAUGCUUGUGUACAUUCAGCAAGGUGACAAUUUGUUUACCAUUUUUGUUGUAUGUUGAUUAGUUGAAGAGUUUGCUUCAGGAUGAAAGGGAAUGGCCACGGCAAAGUUGACCACAAAAUGAAGAAGAAGAAAAAAAUGACUUCAAAGAUCAAAACAUUCAGGAGAGAAGCACAGACAAUGGCUGCAGUUUUUAACUCUUGGUUUUACUCUUCCACCAAAAAGCUAAGGUUAACAAACAUCAGCCCACAUUAACAGUUUUACCACAGAUUUUUGACACUGUUACCAAGUGGGAGUAGACACAUGGAACAUGCGUGUGCAGGACUAUAAAGCUACAUGUUCCACAAACACAGUACCAUGCCAUGUAUACAUGGUACUUAACUCAUCCUUUGUGUGUUUUCCAACCAUUAAGCAUCUCUUUACAAACAAAACCAGGUAGACGAAUGGAUUUUAGUGAUCUUCUAAAAGGGGAAAAAAAGAUUCUAAUACAGGUGCGUUUGAGAGGCAGAGCGUUUGAGCUUCUGUCUAAUCAAAGUUUUUAGAGGCUCUUAUUGGAUCACUGCUGAGACACAUGGACCCUGAGACAUUUCUGCAAAUGUCGCCCUAAGACAGUCUGCAGUUCUGAUGCACAGAUGGUAAGAAC